AUGCACGGCGUCCAGUCCAGCUCCAAGGCCAGAGUCUUCCUCUGCGCCAAUGUCCAGUCCAGGCACGGCGUCCAGCACUCUCAGCCGCCAACGUACGAAAAUCCAUUGCGUAGUCUGCCACACUACGGGAGUCUUGACGUAGCUGAAGCAGUGGGAGCCUCUCUCCCGGACAAUGGAGAAUCCGCCACAAACUCCUCUAGACUGAGGCAGGCGGCGGACUAUUGCUCCCACACCGCCGUAGCCCAGGCAAGUGCCCUCUCGGACAUCAGCGUUAUGAUGUACGCUAUCCUCGUUGGGUCCAAGGGGAAUGAAGAAGGCUGCAGCUUGAAAAUGAGGAAGCACUGGGAGAUAAAUGCCUGGCAGGUUCCAGAAUCUCCAGCAUUGCGCUCCGGAGGAGGUAAGCGGACUUCUCAGGACACUGGGAUAGGCUGGGAGAUUAUAGGUGUGACCCGCUGCCCAGUGGGGAAUCCACGGAAUUGCUCCAGAAAAGUCUCGGACGCCUGGUCAUGGCAUUCUGACAGGAGAAACUCUGCAUACAGCUUCACUGGCUGUGUGAAGAACCUCCAGCUGAAUGGCCAAUGGAUGUCCUCCAUGUUCCAGACCUUUGGGGUGACGCCGUGUUUCGAGGGACUCUCCGAGCCGGGGACAUACUUCUCCGAAGAGGGUGGAUAUGUUGUUUUGGAUGACACGUUCAACCUGGGGCUGAAGUUUGAGCUGGUGGUAGAGGUGCGCCCCCGUGUGGCAUCAGGGGUGCUACUGCAUGUGUACACAGCAGCCGGGGAGUACCUCACCAUGUACAUCCAUCAAGGAGCAGUGAUUGUGCUGGUGAACAACGGAGUUCGUGAGUUCUUCACUCAGGUCACUCCUAGACUAGGCCUGUGUGAUGGGAGCUGGCACAGGAUCACAUUGAUUCGAGAUGCCAAUGUUGUCCAGCUGGAUGUGGACUCAGAGGUCAAUCACGUGGUGGGACCACUCAACCCCAGCACCAAGAGUGCCAGGACCCCUGUGUUCAUUGGUGGAGCUCCAGAAUCUCUUCUUCCAGAGGGCAUUGCGACUAGGAGGGACUACACAGGCUGUAUGAGAAAGCUGACUGUGAAUGAGAGCCAAGUGAGCUUCAGUAAAGCUGCCCUGGUCAGCGGGGCCGUCAGUGUGGGCUCCUGUCCAGCUGCCUAAAGGGCCUGUCAUAACCAAUACAGGCCAGCUCUCCAACAACAAGACUGACCAAAUUCUGCUUCAUAACUAUCUAUCCUUGUUCACCAACGCAACAUUUGUUGUUCUUUGGUAAGAGAAUGACCCAGAAAUGUAAACCACCCUCCC